AUGCCUUCCCAAGGCUCUGAGAAGUCUCCCAUCCUCGUCAUUGGGAUGGGCGUGAUCGGCCUGACCACUUCCGUCCGUCUGCUCCAAGCUUCGCACAAAGUCCAUAUCCUCGCCACACAAAUACCCUCCUCACCGCUCGAUCCAACUUACUGUUCUUCUGCUGCUGGAGCCCACCAUCUUAGUUUUGCGGCAGAUGAUGAUGAGCGGCAGCGGAGGCUGGACAUGAGGACGUUUGAGGUCAUGAUGAAGGAGGAAGCGGAGGAGGGAAAAGCAAGUGCGAUCUUGAGGUUGACACAGAGGGAGUUUUAUGGAACGGAAGGGGAGAAACAUAUCGAGCUUUUCGAGGGUUUGCCGGACUUUAAAGUCGUUCUAAAGGAAGACCUACCUGCCUUCGCAAAGCAUGCCGUCUCUUUCACAUCUCUCACGAUGGAUACGACGCCCUAUCUCCACAAACUCUUAGCCCUCUUCACCUCACUCGGAGGAACUUACACCCACCUGGCUACACCCCUUCCAUCGCUCACUUCAGCCCUAAACCAUCUCCCGUCAUCGUCUCCUACCCCGCUAGCUAUCAUCAAUUGCACAGGGAUUGGCUCCCUCACACUCGGCGACGUGGACGAUAAGACGGUCUACCCCGUCCGUGGCCAAGUCGUGGUCUUGGACGCACCUUGGAUCAAAGAAGGUCGGACGUUGCAGGUCGGACAAUUGAACGACGCGAGCGGAGAGGGAGGGGAGAGGACGUAUAUUAUUCCACGGAGGAGCGGACAGGUUAUCAUCGGCGGGACGAGGGAGAAUGGGGAUUGGUGCAAAGACCCACGCCCUGAAACCGCAGAAGACAUUAAACGACGCGCACUCCUCCUCUUCCCUGAACUCUGCCCACCUCACCUCCGGCCCUCCACAUUCAACCCCUUCCCAUCCACAACACAGUCGCUCAGUUCCUCCCUCCUCGACAACAUAAUCCUCAAACACGUCGUCGGGUUCCGGCCGGCGCGCGAAGGUGGACUUAGACUCGAGCGCGGCGAUGAUUUGGCCGCCAGCCUUCCUUCGUCGACUGCUUCGGGUCAGGUGAAGAUCCCGGUCGUUCAUAAUUAUGGACAUUCCGGUGCGGGAUGGCAAUGUUCGUGGGGGUGUGCGGAGGAGGUGGUGAGGAUUGUUCAGGAGCUUUGA